AUGGUGUGCAACAUCGCCUGCGUCUUCUGCCCGCCCUGCGGCGGCGGCGCUGCCCGGCCGGAGGCGGCGGCGCGGCGCCUCCGGCGGAGCAGCCUCGUGGUGCCGGGCGCCCCGGCCCCGCGCGCGGACAGCAGCGAUCACGGCACCCGAUCGGCCCAGCUGCGCACGCGAGGGGCGCGAGAGCACAGCACCCCGGCUCCGGUGCCGGGGGCGGAGGGGCCGGCGGAGGGUGCGGCGAAGGGGCCGGCGGCGUGCAUAGAGGACAUCGUCGUGCUGCCCGAGAUGGAGGCGCACCUGCAGCUGACCAGCGAGUUCGCGAGGAUGAUGAGGUCGUUCGACCAGUGGAAGAGCUACCAAAGGAACUGCCGGGACGUGACGAGAGUCCUUGCCAGGACAAUUCGAACGAGUCGUCGGGGUGGUGCAGCAAGUAUUGGCGUCGCUUCAGAUAUUGUGUACGCAAUCCAAUAA